AGAAAAUGAUGUUGUCCAGGGCACUUGCACCACGAACGAUCGCUGGUAUAGCUUGCCGGGCUUACUCAGCCGAUGUGAAUAGUAACUAUGACAUCGUAGUAGUCGGUGGAGGUAUCGUCGGUACAGCAUCGGCCCGUGAAAUUCUACUCCGUCAUCCGACGUUACGAAUCGCGAUCUUAGAGAAGGAAUCGAAGCUGGCCUUUCACCAGAGCGGUCACAAUAGUGGUGUAAUCCAUGCGGGCAUUUACUACAAACCCGGUUCCCUCAAGGCACAGCUGUGCGUGGAAGGACUGCAUUUGAGCUACAAAUAUCUGGACGAAAAGAACAUACCCUACAAGAAGGUUGGCAAACUGAUUGUGGCCACAAAUCCGGUCGAAGUGGAACGAUUGAAUGACCUAUACCAGCGUUCGCUGGCCAACAAUGUGCCCGAUGUGCAGAUGGUUGAUCAGGCCAAGAUCAAAGAAAUCGAACCAUAUUGCGAAGGCCUGAAAGCAAUCUGGUCCCCCCACACGGGCAUCGUCGAUUGGGGCCUUGUAACGCAGUAUUAUGCGCGCGAUUUCAAAGCGGCCGGUGGCGAUGUGUACGUAAACUUUAAGGUGGCCAAGUUUACCGAGGCACCAGAGAACGUUGACUAUCCGAUUGUGGUGAGAAGCGAAAAGGGCGAUGAGAUACGGGCCCGCAACAUACUAACCUGUGGCGGGUUGCAAUCAGAUAAGCUGGCAGAGAUGACAGGUUGUUCGUCGGUGCCGAAAAUUGUCCCGUUUCGUGGUGAAUAUCUGCUGCUCAACAAGGACAAGUGUCAUAUGGUGCGAGGAAACAUUUACCCUGUGCCCGAUCCAAGGUUUCCGUUUCUGGGUGUACAUUUUACGCCGCGCAUGGACGGCAGUGUGUGGUUGGGUCCGAAUGCUGUGCUCGCUUUUCGUCGGGAAGGGUACCGGUGGUCCGAUAUUAAUUUGCUGGAACUGAUCGACGCCCUGCGGUUUCCGGGAUUCAUCAAAAUGGCUUCGAAAUUUGUCGGUGCUGGUAUGAUGGAGGUUGCCCGUUCGGCGCUUAUACCGUUGCAGGUGCGCGAGUUACAAAAGUUCAUACCCGACAUACACGAGUACGAUGUGUCACGUGGUCCGGCCGGUGUGCGAGCCCAGGCGCUCGACAACGAUGGCAAUCUGGUAGACGAUUUUGUGUUUGACCAUGGGAAGGGCAAUUCGGCACUAUCGAAAAAUAUUCUUCACUGCCGCAAUGCUCCGUCGCCAGGGGCAACGAGUUCGCUUUCGAUUGCUAAGAUGAUUGCCGACAAAAUCGAGCACGUUUUUCACAUUGGCAAGUGAGCAAGUGUGUACGCC